GAAUUUAUCCCUAAUUUCUACUGAAUAGGGACAAUGGAGCUAAAAGUUUCUUGAGUGUACGCGUAGUUGGCGACCAUAUAAUCUGCACUUUCAUAAACCCUUGUUUUAUUUCAAAUUUGAAAUCUGAAAAUGGCAGAUGAAUCAUCAGACCCGAAAUUUGAAAAUGUGGUUACUAAUCACAGCAAUAAAAAUGAAAAGGAUGAUGCAAAUGAUUCAGAGCUUCCAUUGGAGAAAUUAAAGCUGGGUCCAAAAAGGAAACUUCUUGUGCUUUGUCUCGGUGGACUACUGGUAAACAGGGUGCACAUGAAGUAUUGGACAAAGGUUGAAGGGAUAAAACCUGAUCUGCGUAAUGGCAAAUUUGUAGUUUUCAAGAGGCCCUUUUGUACUGAGUUUAUAAAAUUUUGCUUUGAACGAUUUGAAGUGGGUAUAUGGUCUGCCACUGUAGAAAGUAACACAGAAGCUAUUUUGGACUGUGUCGCUGGUUCUGAAAUGAAAAAGAAGUUGGCAUUUGUAUGGGGUCAAGAAGAAUGUAUAGAUUCUGGAAUGGCAUGCCUAAAAAAGAGGCAAAAGCCUCUGUUUCUGAAGGAUUUGACGCGACUCUGGGAUAAGAAAUACCUUGAUCUUCCCUGGCGUAAGGGACAAUAUUCAUGGUCAAAUACCUUGUUGAUUUGUGUUGAUCCUCCCACAUCCCUGCUGAAUCCUCCUAAUACCGCAAUAUUUCCCCAACCAUACAAAAGGCACAACAUUGAAGAUAUAUUUCUAGGUGAGAAUGGUGAGUUGCGGGGCUAUCUGGAGAGACUUGCAGAUGUCGAUAAUGUUCCAUCUUAUGUAAAAGAGCAUCCUUUCGGACAGCCUGCAAUAACACCUUCACAUCCUGACUGGAAUUACUACGCCAAGAUUGUUCAUGAGUUUGGCAAGGAAGAUGAUAAACGUACUAGCAAAUGAUGUAAGUUUAGAUUUGGUUUGAAGCCACCUAGAAUGACAUUGAAUAGUUUGUGUGAUUCAAUUUCUGAACUCGUUAACCUCUUUGGAAACAUAUUUUGUUGUUUGCACGUUGAGUUGUAAAAAUUAAAACUUGCCAAGAUAGUACGUGAAUUUGGCAAGGAAGAAGAAGAUAAAAGUAGUAGUAAAUGAGAAGUAAUUACUUAUAAUUAUGUGAACACAUUUGUAUU